AGCAGUAUGCAAGCAGCAUGCGAGAAGCAUUCAGAAGAGAUUCAGAGCAUUCGAGUUGCUAAGCUAGAGCAAACAGCAAGCAAGCACGAGCAAGCAGUAUGCAAGCAGCGUGCGAGAAGCGUUCAGAAGAGAUUCAGAGCAUUUGAGUUGCUAAGCUAG